UUUGAGCAGAACUCCUGUCUCCUCUGGUUUCUCGUUUCACUCUUAUCAGUUUCAGUGGCGCUUGCAAGAUGGCGGAGGGCGAUUCUUGGGAUGCUGACAGCUUCGAGCCCGACGAGGCCAUCAAGAAGGCGGCGGGUCAUGACAAGUGGGAAGGCGAGGAUGAGGAUGAUGAUGUGAAAGAUAACUGGGAUGAUGAAGAAGAGGAAGAUGAAAAGGUGACAGAAGCAAAAGCAGAGGUAAAGUCUACAGAAAAGAAAAAACUUAGCGAUAAAAUCAAGGAGAAGGAGAAUUUACAAAAGAAAAAACAAGAGGAGCUUCGAAAGAGGUUAGAGGAAUCAAAUGACAGCACAGAACUCACACCAGAGGAGGAUGAAUUAGCAGAAAAACUUAGAGUGAAGAAGCUUCAAGAGGAUUCAGACCUGGAACUAGCAAAAGAUGCUUUUGGCAUUGUACCAAAUAAUGUAACUGGAAUUGAUGCCAUGAGCCCUUCCUCAAAAGAUGACUUCACAGAAUUUGAAAGGUUACUGAAAGAAAAAAUAACAUCAUAUGAGAAGUCAAUACACUACUCCAGCUUUUUAGAGUCACUGUUUAGAGACCUGUGUCUUUCAUUGGAGGUUGAAGACUUGAAGAAAAUUAACAACUCACUCACAGUGUUACUCAGUGAGAAGCAAAGACAAGAAAAGCAGCAGAAUAAGGGAAAGAAGAAAAAGAAAGGAGUUUUACCAGCAGGUGGUUUAAAAGCCAAGAUGAAGGAUGACCUUGCUGACUAUGGCGGGUUUGAUGGAGGUUAUGUACAAGACUAUGAGGACUUCAUGUGACCCCGGCCUCUUGAGCCAUCAUAUUUCUUGAUUGCUGAAACACACACCUUUACAGCAUGACCUCUCCCUACAGCCAGACCCACUUCCAGAGCCAUGCUAGAAAACUGAACGUCAUCCCAUGUAACGCACGCUAGCCUAAGCUUAAGUGGUUUAUGCUGGGAAAGAUUUCAUCGACGGUAUGUUUCUCUGGUUUAUAUUGACUGUAGGUCAGUCCAAUGUAUGCAGGGAAAUAAGAGUAAUGUCCGUUUAAACGUUGUGGCCAGCAAGUUAACAUGAAUACUGACAGAACCAAUGAACCAGCAGCUACACUUGAGAUUGGAUCGACAUGAAAGGAUCGACAGUAUUACCGUUUGAAACUGCUACAACUUGGAAAUAAAUAUGACAUUCUAUGCAAAAUUUCAUAAAAUGUCUAUAUGUCAUGUAUUUUGAUUACAUUUAAACUAGCAUUUCUGAGAAGGUUGCCCUUGUAUUGUUACAAGAUCAAGUAUCAGGCUGCUCUCUGCUCUUGCUAAUAAAGGCAAAUCGUAAUGGUAGUGAUUGUCAUUAUAAGCAGUCACAUGCUUGUUAAAGCUGUGUACACAGUCGGUUUCAUUUUCCUAUUCCUAAGUGAUAGUGUAUCCUUUUCUUUAGACGCAUUGAGCCUGACGUGUUUAGUGUUCUGUACUGAAUCUGAUAAAAGUGCAUCCCCCCUGCAGAAACAGCAGUUAAGGAAUGCAUUCCAUGUAAAUCACCAAACUUAAGUUAAGGAGCUAUAAUUUGCAGCACAGUUACAAUAGUUCAUGCUGUAAAGUGCAUCUUAGUUUUGCAGAAUACUUCUUUGACAUGUCAUGAUCUGAGUUUAUGGACAUUAUGUUAACUUUGCAGUUUAACAGGUUUUCUUUCUGCUCAGUGUUACUCGUUUGACCAUAACCAUGCCAGAGGGGAUGAUAUGUUACGGAAGAAUAUAAGAAUGUUAGUAUGGGUACUUUGCAAAGGACCAAGAGUCUCUAAUAUGUAUUCAGGUGGUGCUUUGAGUUUCCAUUUUCUAAAGUAAGCAGAUCUGCUUUAUGAAGAUUUAACGUAAGCAAAGCAAAUAAUAGGAUUCUGCAGUGUUUUAUAAACAUCUAAUUUAAUAAAAGUCCUCAAAAAGUAAA